UCACCAACCCUGUCGUGGGAAGCAAAGAUGGCGGGGGACUCCGCAAUUGAGCUUCUGUUUUUGGAUACUUUCAAGCAUCAAAGUGCAGAGCUGACCAAUAUAGAUGUGGUGAGGUUUCCCUGCGGAGUCCUGGUAACAGAGAUCCGGGUCAUUCCUCCUGGCAUCAAAGCUCACAGCAGCCUCCCGGACAGCAGGGCUUUUGGGGAGACGGCACCCCAUGCAUUCCAGUUGGACCUGUUCUACAACAAUCUGGCUAAACCCAAUACACCUGUGUUUCAUCGCCUGGGCAGUUUGGAAUACGAUGAAAAUAAGUCUAUUGUCUUCAGACCGAGUGGAAAGAUCAACACAGACAAUUUAGUGUUGCGGGGCUGGUACACUUGCCUGACCGUAGCCAUAUAUGGGACUGUGGAACACUUGCACUCGCACGAUCGUGAGCGUGACACACACUCGCCCCCUCCACCCCCACCUCCCCCGCCCCAGCAGCCCGCUCAGAAGAGAGCCAUCAAGCACGAGUGGGAGAAUGAGGAGCAGUUUAACGGCAGCCCCCCCAGACCACAGCCCCGAGGGCCUCGAACCCCCCCUGGUCCCCCCCCACCUGACGAUGACGAUGAGGACCCCCUCGCUGUGCAAGGUCCCGUGAAGGAGGAGAGUGUGGAUGGAGAGGAGUUCCUGGAGCCCGUCUCCCCAGAGCCCGGAGGCUCGGUGCGCACGGCAGAGAGAGAGCCCUUCUCCGAGCCGGAGCCGGAGGAAGAGGAAGGAGCAGAGGCGGAGGAGGAGGAAGAGGAAGGCACGGAGGAGGGCAGCGAGCCCGACGAGGAAGCGGAGGAGGACGAGGAGAUGGCGGAGGUCGAGGACGAAGAGGAGGAGAUGGACGAGGAGGGAGAAGGGGGAGACGAUGGCUACGAGCAGAUCUCCAGUGACGAGGAGGACCUGGAGAGCGGGGCCUUCAAGCUGCUCGAUGUGGACUACACGCCCGAGGACCUGGCCUCUGUGCCCAGCGUCCAGUACGACCCCUACGAGCGCGAGCUGCGGCCCCUGCAGCACUUCACCCCUCCCCAGACUACCCCUUACCAGGCCCAGCUGGCCCUCCUCAAGAGCCAGGGUACAGACCUGGAGGACCCCACCUCCGUCUGGGCCGAGUCGGCCGCCAAGCUCGCCGAGCUGCUGGAGUCCGGAGGCAGUGAUGAGUUUGGCCCCCGCUGGGUGAUGGCCCUGGAGGAGGUGCCCCCGGUGUUGGUGAAGGGCCUCAGCUUCCUGAUGCUGAAAGACCCCGAGUCUGCCCGGGGGAACGUGCUGCCGCGCCUGAUCGGCUGGGCGUGCUACGCCCUCAGCCUCAGCUGCGCGCUGGGCCAGCCCAUCGCCCUCAACCUGCGGCAGCUGAAGGCGGGCGCCAAGCUGGCGUGCGCACUGGCUGACUGCGGGGGCGAGGUGGUGCGGGCGCUGCUGGCCCACGGCGUGCUGCCCACGCUCCUGGAGAUGCUGUUCGCCGAGCACGUGUCCUCCGCGCUCAAGCUCAACGCGCUGAGGGCCCUCAACGCAGUCAUCGACCAGCCACAGGGCAUGGAGGUGCUCCUGGGCCACGCCAGGGGAGGCAGGGUUGCCGGAGGAGGCUCAGGCCCCGGCCAUGCGGAUGAAGGCUGUCAGGAUGACAUGGAGGACGGCGCGGAGAAGAAGAGGGAGCCCAGUGCCUACCAGCGCCUGCUGGAGCUCUUCCUGCUGGACCAGACGGUGCGCGUGGUGACGGCCGGCGCUGCCGUGCUGCAGAAGGGCCACUUCUACGAGCUGCUGCGGGAGCUGCGCAGGUGUGCUGGAGCCUGGGCCGAGAAGACGCCCACCUCCACCCCCAUGGACACGGACCACGGAGGGGAGGCGGAGGACAGGGAGGGGGGAGAGGAGCGUGGCGUUGGGGGAGAGGGCGGAGGGUCGGAGGCGGCCGAGGAGGAGAGGGAGAUGGAGCGCGUCCAGGGCCUGCUGGAGGAGAUGCUCCACCUGCUGGUCACAGCGCCACACUGCAUGCUGCAGCCGCCCACCAAAGCCUUCCCCACCAGUGCGCGCAUCACGGGGCCCGUGGACACCAACGACCCCUAUCCCGCACUUUACAGGUACAUGCACGCGUGCCACUUCCUGGAGUCUCUGGUGGUGCUGAUGUCACAUCCUGCGGCGGGCGGCCACGCAGGCCUCGUCCAGGUGGUGCGAGAGCUGCUCCGCUUCCUCUCCCAGACGCAGCCGGGCCUCCUGUUCCUGCUCAGCCACCACCAGCCCACCAACCUGCUGCUGCGCGCCUUGUCCCUGGCCCCCGCCCUGACGGCCCACCCGCUCUCCACCCUCAUGGACAUGGAGACCGAGGAGGUGGGCGGGGCAGGGCAGGGCGGAGACGGCUGCUCCCUGGAGGAUCCCUUCCUGGCCUGGCUGGUGCAGGUGCUGCACGUCAUGCAGGGCGUGGCCGAGCUGAUGGAGGCGGGUCUGGACGGCGAGGGGGAGGAGGUGGAGGAGGGGCCAAUGGUGCUGUCCACGCUGCACAGCCUGUACCUCAUCAGCUUCAGCCUGGGGGGCCGGGACGCCCUCACGCACGCUCUCUGCCUGGACAACAACAUCACCUGCCUGACCAGCAUCCUGCAGCAGCACGCCAAGGAGGGACAAGGGGAGGGUAAGGUGCGCAAGUCAGUGGCCUACAACUACGCCUGCAUGCUGCUCCUCAUGCUGGUGCAGAACUCCAAUGACAUCAGGAUGCUGGAGACCCACGGCACCACUCUACUCAACGCCUGCAAAGCUGACGACAACAACACAAAGCUGCAAGAACUUGGCAAAUGGCUGGAGCCACUGGAAAAACUGCGCUUUGACAUCAGUGCAAUCCCAACACUUAUCGAUUACAUAAAACAGAAUAUAGAGAACCUGAUGACCCCAGAUGGAGCGGGACUCACCACAGCUCUGCGAAUACUGUGCCACGUCGCCCUCCCUCCACCAGCUGUCCCAGGUCAGCAGAAGGAGUUGAAGUGGACGGUGGCGGUGAUGGCCCUGUUCUCCAGCGAGGGCAUGGACACCUUUGUGCGCCUGCUCCAGAAGCUCUGCCAGCUGCUCCUGCUGCCCUGGCGCCUGCACGGCCCCCUGGGGCCCGGCGCCCAGCGCGUCACCGUCAUGUCCCUGGCCUCCUGCGCCCUGCGGCUCCUGCGCACCAUGCUGAGCGAGCUGCUGCAGGGAGGAGGUGGCCGUGGAGGAGGCCGGGGUCCAGCCGGAGGAGGAGGAGGAGGAGGAGGGGGAGGGGGAGGAGGAGCAGGGCACGAGUGCAGAGAUGCCCGCAUCCCAUCUGUAUGUGUGAACCUUCACACGGUGUUGUGCUCAACACCGGCCACCGGGCGCCUCGACGAGCAGGAGCUACGUGUGCAGGGUGAUCUGGUGGACGUGCUGCUGGUGCUGACCCAGGCUGUGGGCCAGAGGGAGAUGGCGUCGGAGGAGACCCUGGCGGGCAACGGCUGGUCGCUCAUGCUGAAGGAGGUUCUGACCUCCAUCCUGGCCGCUCCAGAGAACGUCUUCAGCGGCCUGACGCUGCUGUCCGAGCUCCUGCCCCUGCCCCUGCCCAUGCAGACCACACAGGCGUUGUCGGUGCAGGAUGUGAGCGUGGCCCUCAACACGCGCAAGCUGUGGAGCAUGCACCUGGGGGCGCGCGGCCCCAUGCUGGUGGAGGUGCUGAAGGGGGUGGCCGUCAGCAGCUGCCCCCCACUGCAGGCCAUGCUGCGCCGUGUCUGCGUGCAGCUCUGCGACCUGGCCGCCCCCACCGCCACCCUUGUGAUACGGACCCUGCUGGAGCAACUUCAGGAGGAAUUGCAACCGGAUCGUAUAUGUGGCCGUCUGCCACGGCUGCUGGCGCUGCUGGACUCGCUGGCAUCUCAGCGCUGCUGCAAGGCGGCCAUGUUGUCCCUGCUGGGCGGGGCUUCCAGAGAGGGCCGCGUGGAGGGCCUUGACCUGCUGCCUUCGCUGUUCUCACUGCUGCUGCCGCCCGCCGACGCCAACAUCACCCUGCAGCAGAGCGCAGAGUUCACCGCCACCAUCCUACAGUCCCUCUGUGACCAGGACAUCUCCAUGGUGGUGAGUGGGUCUGGCGAGGGCUGCGUGUCGGAGGCGGAGCAGCUGGCCAACGCGGUGCCGUCCCGGGAGACGCUGGCCAGCGUGUGCGAGGGGCUGCUGGAGGUGCUGGGCCACGGCCCCAGCACACACACGCUCCUCCACACCUGCCUUCGCACACUCAUGAUCCUCACCGAGCACGACUACGGACUGCACCACAUCAAGAGCGCCCUGAAGAAGCACAGCCUGGUGGUGGUGUCUCUGCUGAGGAGGGAGAUGAGCUCCUUCACCAAAGAUUCUCCAGAGCUGCUGUCAGCCCUGCUAGACUUCCUCAGGCAGAUGCUCAACUCGGACUCAGUGGACGAGGAGAUGGACUCGCGCUCGGUGGCCCAGAGUGUGUUUGAGAUGAAGCAGCUGCUGCAGUGGAAGGACAACUCUGACCAGCACCCCCUACUGGAACUGGAGAAACACCUGACGGAGCAGUCUAAGGAUGACGACUCCUUGGAAACCGUGCUGGAAGGUCUGGGUGGCAUCAGGCAGAUUCUAGAGAGUUCUUCAGACUCCGCGUCCAGCGAGCCUGACAUCGAACCUACACUCCCUCAGCCAGACACGCUGCAGACUCAGUACAACCACAGGACGGUGUAUGUGCUCUCUGACGUGAUGGAUGAGCAGCUGAAAGCCCUGUGGUUCUCUCCCUUCCACUCAGACGAGCUGGAGACAGACCUUGACAUGGUGAAAGUGGACCUGUUGGCGCUGGCCCAGCAGUGUGUUCCCGAUCUGGACCUGCAGGCGGAGCUGGAGAGGUCCUUCCUGUCAGAGCCCACCUCCCCAGUGCACCCCCAGCCAGUCAAGGGCUUCCGGCUGGGCAAACACAAACACGAGACCUUCAUCACAUCAAGCGGUAAGUCGGACUAUGUGGAGCCGGCCAAGCGUGCCCACAUCAUGGCGCCGCCCAGAGGAAGGGGACGGGGCAUGUUCUCCCAGCACCCAGGAGGUCGGCCGCACGACAUCUUCCGCCAGCGCAAGCAGAACACCAGCCGGCCUCCCAGCAUGCAUGUGGACGACUUCCUGGCAGCCGAGUUUAAGGACGUGGGCCCCGGUGCGCCCGGACUAGUCACACCCAAGCGGCCCCCCAAGGGUGGAGCGAAGCCCCCCACUCGAGGCCUGCUGACAGGGGGAGGGGGAGGAAGCAGGGGUGGCAGAGGAGGCUUCACCAGCCACACGCGAUUCUUCACGCCACCUGCUCCCAAGAGUGUGCUGCUGACAAGUAACUACCCUCGGCGUGACGGCGGGGGGCGUGGCGGCGGUGGCUCCAGCUGGAGUGCCCAGGUGACGGCCCUGGCCCACCGAGCCGCCUACAGUGAACCGCGCGGCGGACAGAGCAACUUCCCCAGAGGACCAAUCACAACUCGCACACCCCCGGCUGGCAUGUCUGGUGCAUAUCGGUUGGCGGCCAGGGACCGUACUCCCAGAGGUCGAGGGACUGGCCUAUCGUGGAUGGGCGGAGGCGGCGCUGGCGUCAGUGGAGGCGGGAUCGGCGGCAGCGGUGGGCGUGGCUCUCAGGGGAAAUUCAACAGCGGUGGCCGAGGUCGCCACGUGCGCUCCUUCACACGCUGACCAAUUAAAGCAAAGGCCUCACUAACGGACCUAACGAAAAACAAAACUACGUCGUGUCUGAGAGACACACACAGUUGGACAUGUCUUUAUGUGAAUAAUGAUUUUCUGUUUGUUUUAUUCUUGUUUUUUAAAUCGUGUCGAGUAAAAGUUUGAAUGCUGAUGGAA